AUGAGCUUUAACCGUAAAGAUAACUUCAAUCGCCAUAUAAAAUCACACAAGGAAAAUACACCACCAAACAAGAAAAGAAAAGUAGAAGAAAUGCUUGACACUACCCAUUCAAAAUCCCCGAAGCGACAAUGUACCGGAGAAAGCAGUGACGCUGGAAAAGCUGACAGUAAAACAGUUAAAAUUGAAGGUAAAUGUAUAUGGUGUACAAGAAUGAAAAGCUUACUCCCAGGAAAACGAUUCUGUGCGCCGUGCGGAGAACAAGGGAGGGAGUGUAACUGGUGUCACCGCCCACUCCCGGAAAGGUUUUAUGGGAGGAGGACAGACGUAUGUGAUCGGUGUUUGACACGGCGUGAAGCUUGGACAACUCGUCAACAACGCGGAGGAGGAAUUGAGGCACUUGAAGGGACGGCUCAGUCGGAGACUUUGGAUCCAAACCCGGGAAAUCUUUGGGACAUUUUACAGUUCUUUAGUGACAAUCACACGGUGAUCAAAGACAUUUUGGAAGAAAGACUUCAAAAGGUCAAAGGUAUGAAAUGGUUCCUUACACUUUUUGUUAAAUUUGUGAAGUAUGACCAAAACAACGAAGCCAUUUAUGCCGAACCCACAUUUAGAUCUAUAAAUUCAACAAGUACAAAUGUAUCUCAACUAAAAGAAGGCGUCGCAGAGGCUUUUCAAAACCUACACAGUGCCUAUCAAAAUUUUGAACGGGAUGGGAGUGGGUGGACGAUAGACAAAAUUCUAAAACUAGAGGUUAACACAGUAGAAUACACACCUUUAGAGGGUAGUAGCUACAUACCACUUCCACCAAAAAUCCAAAAGAAAAAGGCCGUUCUUAACAUACAAAAUACAGAUCAAAAGUGUUUCCUGUGGUCAGUCCUCGCAGAUAUACACCCCAUAUAUACGGACCAUCCAAAACGCGUGACACAUUAUACACAUUACGAGCAGGAGUUGGACUUGAAUGACAUCGAUUUCCCCGUCCCCUUGUCACGGAUUUCGAAGUUUGAAAAACAAAAUGACAUCUCCGUCAAUGUUUUAGGGUUAGAUGGGGAUGGGGUGUAUCCAUUACACGUGACCGACUUACGCAACAACACUACUAGACAUGUGAAUCUUCUCUUGUUCUCUAAAGGGGAAAGCAGACACUACUGCCUAGUUCGAAAUUUGAGUCGUUUGCUUGGUGACCGAACCGCACACAAUGGUCAAGCGUAUUAUUGUAAUUAUUGUCUCCACGGUUACACAACCCAACAGCUCCUUGACGAUCACAUUCCGUACUGCUCCCCACAUGGUCCACAAAAACUUAGUUUUCCGAAAACCGAAGAACAACAAUGGGUCGUAUUCAAUCAAAUUCAUAAGCAGCUUAAAGUCCCUUUUGUGAUUUAUGCUGACUUCGAAAGUUUUCUCCACCCCAUCAGUGCAUGUGAACCUAACCCAAACACAUCAUCCACAACUAAGUAUCAAAAACAUGAACCUUCCGGCUUUUCCUACUUGGUUAAAUGUUCAGCCGAUGAACUAUCGAAAUCCGCGCAGGUCUAUAGAGGUCCUGACGUAGUUGAUAAUUUUUUCACGCAGUUAAUUCAAGAAGAGGAAGCUAUUUGUCAAAUCUUACAAAACGUCAAACCAAUGAGCUUGACAGAGGAAGAAGAAUCUUCCUUUCAAAAAGCUACGACAUGUCACAUCUGUCAAAAUAAAUUAGGAGAGGACAGAGUUCGCGACCACGACCACUUAAAUGGAUCAUUUAGGGGUGCUAGUCACAAUCACUGUAACUUCCAGUUUCAGUUUCGACAGGGUAAGAGAUCACAGGGAUCAAAAUUUUACAUCCCCGUGGUAUUUCAUAACUUGCGUGGUUAUGAUAUGCAUCUGUUAAUGGAAUCGGCGGGGAAAUUUAAAUCGAAACCCUUGUCUUGUAUACCAAACAAUAUGGAAAAAUACAUGUCAUUCUCCCUUGGGAAUCUGAGAUUCAUAGAUUCCUUACAAUUUCUAAAUGCCCCGCUUGACACACUGGUGUCAAAUUUAGCAGUCGAAGGAAUAGAUAAAUUCCCAAACUUGUCAAAGCACUUCCCAAAAGAGGAACAUCUCAAACUUCUUCUUAGGAAGGGAGUGUAUCCGUACGAUUACGCGACAUCACCCGAAAAGUUUGACGAAAAUAAAUUGCCCGGAAAGGAUCGGUUUUAUAAUAAACUGACAGAGUCAGAUCUAUCCGAAACAGAUUAUGAACACGCACAAUCGAUCUGGCAUACAUUUGACAUGACAUGUUUUGGUGAGUAUCAUGACCUUUACCUAAAGACGGACGUAUUGCUAUUAGCCGAUGUGUUCGAGAAUUUUCGCUCUAUCAGUCUAGACUAUUACAAACUGGAUCCGGCCCAUUAUUACUCGGCUCCUGGAUUUUCCUGGGAAGCCAUGUUAAAAAUGACCGGGGUAGAACUUCAGCUUCUAGAUGAUAUCGACAUGGUACUGAUGGUUGAAAAGGGUAUUCGAGGUGGUGUGUCAAUGAUUUCAAAGAAAUUUGCACAGGCUAAUAAUCCCAUGUCGCCGGAAUACAAUCCGUCCAAUCCAAACACUUGGCUCACGUACCUUGACAUGAACAACCUAUAUGGCACAAGCAUGUCUGAAUCUCUACCGGAAAAGGACUUUGCAUGGUUGACACCAGAACAAAUCGCACAGUUUGACGUAUCUAAUAUUGACGACAAUGCGGACACGGGCUACAUUUUGGAAGUUGACCUUGACUAUCCGGUUCAUUUGCACGACAAGCACAACGAAUAUCCCCUAGCACCCGAGAACAUCAGCAUUACAAAGGACAUGCUCUCUCCACAUUCUCUUAAGCUUCGUGAGAAAUUGAAUAUCAAAGGUAAACCUUCCAGAAAACUUGUUCCAAAUCUCUGCUCCAAGCAGCAAUAUGUUCUCCAUUACCGGAAUUUGAAAUACUACCUUUCUAAAGGUAUGAUCCUUACGAAAAUUCAUCGAGUUAUUGAAUUUACUCAAUCCGCUUGGCUGAAGCAUUACAUUGACUUUAAUACAAUCAAAAGAAAACAAGCACGAAACAGUUUCGAGAAGGACUUUUUCAAACUUAUGAACAACUCUGUAUUUGGCAAAACAAUGGAAAACAUGAGAAAGCGAGUUUCAGUGGAACUUGUCAAUACACCAAAACGACUCAGAAAAGUGUGUGCUAAACCAAAUUUUCAGUCUUUCAAAAUUUUUAACAAAGAUCUUGUCGCCGUCAACAUGAAGAAAACAAACAUUGUUUUAAAUCGGCCGAUUUAUGCAGGGUUCUGUAUUCUAGAGGUAUCGAAGAUAUUCAUGUAUCAGUUCCAUUAUGAUUUCAUCAAACAAAAGUAUGGAUCAAAAGCAGAAUUAUUAUUCACUGACACGGACUCCCUCGCAUACAGUAUAGAAACACCUGACUGGUACAGAGACAUGCAAGACAACGCUGACCUGUUUGACACAAGCAAUUUCCCAAAAGACAGUUCUAUGUUCAGCAUGAAAAAUUGCAAAGUCCUCGGUAAAAUGAAAGACGAGUGUAAUGGUCAAAUCAUGGAUCAGUUCGUUGGAUUAAAACCCAAAAUGUAUAGUCUGACGUGUGGGGGUGUAGAAAAACGUACAGCCAAGGGAGUGAAGAAAUCUGUUAUUGAAAAGCAAUUGAGACACCAAGCGUACUUACUCUGUCUUUUUGAAGAAAGCAAUUGCAAACAUAAAAUGAAUCUUAUACGUAGUUUUGAUCACCAACUCUAUAGUAUAACGGUCAACAAGACCAGUCUGUCUCCUUACGACGACAAACGGUAUUUCACUGGCAUAGAGAGUUUGGCUUAUGGUCAUUAUAAAACUUCACAGUGA